CUGCAAACAUGCCUCGUUUCUCAUGUCUUCCUUCUGCCUUUCUCCUCAUCCUUCUUGCCAUGUCCUUCCUCAUGGCAGUUGCAAAUGCGGCCAGUGUUAGCUUACAAGAUUGUCCCAAGGCAUGCGAUUAUCGAUGCUCAGCGACCCAAUACAAGAAGCCUUGCUUGUUCUUCUGCAACAUGUGCUGCCAGAAAUGCUUGUGUGUCCCCUCAGGCACAUAUGGUCACAAGGAGGAAUGCCCAUGCUACAACAACUGGAAGACUAAGGAAGGCACACCCAAGUGCCCUUGAUGCAUGCCCCCUUGAAAUG